AUGUAUACAAGAUUAAUAAUAUUUGUUGAAAAUUGUCAACAUUAUAUAUCGAAAUUAAUAUUAUGGACAUUAAUAAUCAAUGUAACGGCAAGUCAAUUAACAUUAUUAUGUUUGAAAAAUAUUAAAAUAAAUAAUCAAUGGAUUGUAUGGAUAAUAACAAUUUAUUUUCUUUUAUUGGAAUAUUCAUCAUUAAUAUUGUUAACAUAUUUUAUUUCUAAAUUUAAUUCAAAACUUAAUUCAAUACGUUGGGAUAUUGAACGUAUUGUACAUCGACCAAAUUUAAUAAGAAAAUUUGGAAGAAAAUUUUGUUUACUCACAUUAUAUGAACGUAUGAUUAAUAUUAAACCAUGGGGUUUACGUAUCGGUACAAUUACCGUUCUAACUAAAGCUAUUUUUACACGAAUCAUUAUUGUCUAUGCACGUUUUACAUUAUUAUCGAAUAAAUUUACCUGA